CGCGAUGUGGAGCGCUUCUUUAAGGGCUAUGGGAAGAUUCUGGAGGUGGAUCUGAAGAACGGUCUGUUAUGUUCUGAACCCACACAUGUUUUCGGAAGGACCAGAUGGCUGACACUGGCUAAUGGGAACCAAAAGACGAGUGAAAGUAACCUGGUUGUCACAUACCCCGAGCUUAGAGGUGUUUCACCCUGCCCCAAGAUACAUUGAUUGUUUUUCUCUGGAGACUUUACCCCAGCGUGUCAAAAAGCUUCGAUACAGCCUGGCUUAUCUGAGACCAGGAAUCCACACUAGCUCUAAUCAGAGAGCUCUUGGUGUGCAGGAACUGCCAGUUUGCCGACGUGAAAAGAGCCCCAGACUGGGUAUUGGUGAGCCCUGGAGUCGCACCCCAGCUCUGCCACUCAGUGAGCACGGAUAUGGGUUUGUGGAGUUUGAUGAUCUGCGUGAUGCAGAUGAUGCUGUUUAUGAACUGAAUGGCAAAGACCUUUGUGGUGAACGAGUAAUUGUUGAGCAUGCCCGCGGCCCCCGUCGAGAUGGCAGUUACGGUUCUGGACGCAGUGGAUAUGGUUAUAGAAGAAGUGGCCGAGAUAAAUAUGGCCCUCCUACCCGCACAGAAUACAGACUCAUUGUGGAAAAUUUGUCAAGUCGUUGCAGCUGGCAAGACCUAAAGGAUUAUAUGCGUCAGGCAGGAGAAGUGACGUAUGCAGAUGCUCACAAGGGACGAAAAAAUGAAGGGGUGAUUGAAUUUGUAUCUUACUCCGAUAUGAAAAGAGCUUUGGAAAAGCUAGAUGGAACUGAAGUCAAUGGCAGAAAAAUCAGAUUAGUCGAAGACAAGCCUGGUUCUAGACGGCGCCGGUCCUACUCCAGGAGCCGGAGUCACUCCAGGUCUCGCUCUCGUAGCAGACAUUCUCGUAAGAGCAGGAGCCGCAGUGGCAGCAGCAAAAGCAGUCAUUCUAAGAGUAGAUCUCGGUCCAGGUCGGGCUCCCAUUCCCGGAGCAAGAGCCGCAGCCGCAGCCAGAGUCGCAGCCGGAGCAAGAAGGAGAAAAGCCGCAGCCCCAGCAAGGAUGACAAGAGUCGCAGCCGUAGCCGCAGUGCGGACAAGCGCCGCAGCAAGAGUAAAGAUCAAGCCGAAGAGAAGAUCCAGAACAACGACAACACCAAGAAGUCCAAGAGCAGGAGUCCCAGUCGGCAUAAAAGCAAGAGUAAAAGCCGAAGCAGGAGUCAAGAGAGGAGAGUGGAGGAGGAGAAGCGAGGGAGUGGGAGCAGGAGCAGGAGCAAGGAGAAGAGCCGAAGUGAGGAGAAAGGCCUCCGCAGGAGCAGGAGCAAGGGAGGCAGCAGGAGCCGCAGCAGGAGUCGAAGCAAAAGCAAGGACAAGAGGAAGGGGAGGAAGAGAAGCCGGGAGGAGAGCCGCAGCCGCAGUCGCAGCCGCAGCCGCAGCAAGAGCAAGAGGAGCAGAAAACGCAGCAGCAAGCGAGACAGCAAGUCAGGCAGUAGCAGCAGCAGUGAGAAGAAGAAGAAGGAAGGUGCUGACCGCUCCCAGUCCAGGUCACGGUCCCGCUCAGUGUCAAAGGAGCGGGAACGUGCCAAGUCCGAGUCUGGCCAGAGGGAAGGCGGAGGGGAGAGCAAGGAUGCUGGCACCAAUCAGGAGACCCGGUCCCGGUCGAGGUCCAAUUCUAAAUCAAAACCAAAUCUUCCAUCAGAAUCACGCUCCAGAUCAAAGUCCGCUUCAAAAACCCGAUCUCGGUCCAAGUCUAGAUCCAGGUCUGCAUCCAGAUCGCCUUCCCGGUCUAGAUCUAGAUCCCACUCAAGGUCCUAACUGGCUACGACCACAGCUGGAACUACCCGAAAAGUUUUGUACAUGUUUGGUAGCCGUAGCACAAGUGAUUGAAGUAGAACAUAAGUCACUGCUGUACAUUUUUAAUUCCCCUAAUGGUGUGUCUACAAUUGUUAAAUCUAAGUGCUUCCUCUCCAUAAAGCCUGGCGCCAGGCCUUCCUGCUCGACUGAAAACAAUCUUCUCUCUGAAAACCCCCUUUCCUUACGGUCCACAUAGAAUAUCCAAAAUGCCUUGACUUUCAGGCCUGGCCUUUCUUACAGGGAGCUCAGUACCUGGACGGGUCUAAGGCUGGAAUGAUGACAUAGGUAGGUAUGGUGAGUUCAACCGUUUUUGCCCUUGAAUUGAUGCCCUUUGAUGUAUGCCAUUUAGUGAAAGUGCUAAGUCUUAAGUUUCCUACCACUUUGGUUUCAUAUUUUUGGACUUAACAAAGUUGUGAAUAGCACAGUCAAGGAAAAUUGAUACCUGCAGUAACCCAUAGGAAAUAAACUAUAGAGUUCCAUAUUCUGGUAUUGUGAUUAUAUUGUUUUAUAUUAAAAAAGAAAAGAAUUUUUUUUAAUUUUAUUUUUCCCCGUCUUGCAAAGUAUAGUGACCCCUGUUUCCAUUAAA